AUGGGCUGCAGCUCCUCUGCCGGUCGAGGCACCAAUGCUCAACACGACGUCUGCGUGACCUGCGCCUCGCCGGUGCUGGCGCCCGAGGACUUCGCGCCUUUCUUCGGAGAUUGGAUCAUGAAGGCCUGUGCAGAGAUGAAGCUGAGCUGUAUCUCCUCUCGCCCACAGCUGGGGCCGGAGCUGCCGAAGGCGGGCUCGCGCUUGGAGAGGCAACUGAGGGCGGCGAUUUUGAACAGCAAAGUCGCAGUUUGUAUCCUCAACAUGACCAAAGGCUGCGAGAUGCCGCCCCCCGGCAUCAAGGCCGAGGUCACUUGGGCAUCCCAACGGAACAUACCAGUGGUCCCCUUCUACGAUGCCGACCGCUAUGACUGGAAGGAGGCGGCCACGUGGAAGGUGGAGAUACCCAUCUGCUUCCGCUGGGGCUUGGGCCCGGUUCGCUACAAGCGACAAGCGCACGAGGAGGCCAAGGAACAGCUGCGCGCAGCGCUGCGAGCAGCAAUGAAGGACCUGGAAUUCCGGGGCUCUACGCAGGAACAGGAACAGAAGGAGCAGCAACGUCUGCAGCAGGUGGCACAAAGCCUCGGCGGCGGCGCUGAGGGCGGCGGCGAGUUCAGCCGCGCCGAGCUGCGGCUCCGCGAGGCGCGGCACAGCUCCAGCGCCUCGCAGGAAGCGGCGGCCCGACGAGCGGCACUGGUGGCGGAGGAGGCGGACUUGGAGGAUGUGGCAUUGGGGCUGGACCGGAGCGACUUCGAGCGCGCCGGGCUGGUGCCGCAACGCCUGGAGCGCACCAACUCCAUGCGGGACAUCAACCUGGACAGCGCGCUGGCGAUUCUGGCACGCGGGGCCGCGCAAACGCGCGAUCCUUUGGCUGCACGCGAGGGCGGUUGCCAGCUACAGUUGAUCUCCGAGGACGUGAAUCAAGAACUGCUUCAAGGUGGCGACCCCAAGCACCGGAUCCUGGCGCCGGUGAAGGGCAUCCUGAGAAAGGCCAAGGGCGUCGCGGCCGGAGGCGCCGGAGGUCUCCCCAGCGGCACGGUGAAGCAGCUCCGUUUGAGCCCCGAGGCCUUGGAGCAGCGACGGUUUCGCUUCAGCGUUCAACUGCUGCAGAAUCACUUGGACCAGUUGCAGACAGAUGAUGUCCAUGAGCUCAUCACGGUGCUGAAGUGCCUCCAGGGUGGUGAACAACCCUUGGUGCUGCGCUCGCUGAGGCUCCUGAAAGCUUUCCUGGAAGCACAUGUCGUCCUUCAUGAUCGUGCCCUGCAGCAGGGCCUGAUUGAAUCCGUUGUUGAUGUGAUGCGGCAGCAGGCGGAGGUGGACGUGCUCACCUUGGGCGUGGCCUGUUUGAGCGCAGUCCUGCGCGGCGCGGCGCAGCGGGGGAUGCUCGGCCCAGAGGCCUUGAACUUCUGCGGGCGCAGCGAGGUACCUCCACUGGCGCAGGAGGAUCUGGUCACGAGCAUCUCCAAGAGCGGCGGCGUUCCUGCCAUCCUUGACGGAAAUGAUUCGAUUUGUUUUCUUUCUACCAAGACCAAGCUUUCAGGCAUCGAUGCGGUGUCACCGCAGGCGUCUUCGGCUCCGCUGCGUGGGCGUCAUGUUCCGGAUGCUGUUAGUGGCGAAGCUGUUGGAGAUGAGGGCGGCAAGGUGCUCUCUGUCUCUGGCACUGUGCUCGCUGGUACUGGGCACUCUCUUGGAAGAGUGACAUCGACCUGCCAGGCGGUUGCUGCGAGCAUUCCUCGACUCCUCCUCGUAGAGGACAAGCGAUUGCUUGCUCCUCUCCCACCUCUUUUGCAGGCUGAAGGGGCCAAAUGCAGUUUUAAGGAGUUGUACUCGUGGACAGCUUCCAUGAAGGCAUCCCGGAAGUCAAGGGAAAGACAAGCAAGCCAUAAGUUGCGAGGACUGAUGGGCUCAGAGUGGAUACUAUGUGCUGGUCUUUUCGCCAUCCAAAUGAACCAAGACUGCUUUGCCUGGGACGAUGUGGUGGGCAAUGAGUGCGAUGCCAGCAACUCAGGCCAAAACCACUGGCUCCAAAGGAAGCUUUCGAGGCCCAGCACUCAGCAGUUUGCCAGCUGUCGUUCUCCUGGCAGAAGACGACGGAGGCUGAAGAGGCCCACUGUCCACCACAACAUCGUCUACAGGUGGCCUUUCAAACCACGCCAGGCUGGAAGUGGGUUUCAAGUGAGCCAGGCAUAG